AUGUCGUGCAUAAUUGAGUACGCCCAAGGCACAUUUUUAUUCGGACGUAUCUCCACUUUACAAACUGAUGAACAAACCCUUGAAAAACGAACCGGUUGUCUAACUAAGAGAGGUUUGGGUAAAAGAACGGACAAAAAGUGCCCUUGCGCUCUCGCUGAAGCAGUUUUUGAUGGCCUAGUUGGAGGAUUAACUGUCUAUGCUCAAGACGAAUGUGGUUUCACGACCGUCACAGGACUUUUCAGCAAGGGCUUCCAAGAUGCUGGCAAAAAUUACACUUUCCAAGUUGUUGAUGAAUGUGGAGAAGUCCUCCAGGACCUCACAUCAGGAUUAAAUGUACAACCUUCCCCCGAUGGUGGCACGAAGUCCUUCAGAAAUCUUUUUGAAAAUUUCAAUCUAAACUGUGACAAUACGGGCAUCCUCGCGCCAAGAGGUGGAUUAAGGAAACGCACUUGUCCCAAUAAAAUGAUGAAACGACAAGGACAAGGAUCUUAUAUGCGUAUUAAUGAAAGUGGCGACAAUUAUGCUCAAGCGGAUAUUAACGAAAUUUAA